UCAAAAACGAACGGAAGGAAAUCCCAAAUCCCGUUACAGGAGCAGCAGCGGAGGAAGAAAAAAGGAAAGAAAAAUACCGUUGCCCUCCCGUUCCGUUCCGUUCCGCUCGGCACUCGUAAAACCCAGGCCCCGAGGGGAGGAGGCAUGGGAGAGGAGACCCUCGUGCAGGCCAUGCCGCUCGCGCCCCACCACCACAACCACGUUCACCCCAACGCCCCGGAUCCAGCCGUCGUCAAACAUCGACACGACGAUCCGGCGGCGCACGCUCCGCGGACCCUGACCGGGAUCGCCGCGGCAGCGGACGCGGGCGAGGUGGAGGACGUGUACUACGCGCGCAAGAUGCUGCAGGGCGUGGUGCUCCGCCCGCCCUCGCACCUCCCGCAGCCGGAGGCGCCGCCCGGCCUGACCAGGGCGGUCUCCACGCCGGCGCCGAACGGCCAUCGUGAGGGUGCUCCGGCUCCGGAAGGGCAGAGGCACGUCGAGCGGUCCAACUCCGCCGCGGCCGUGGUGGACGUGGCGUCCAUCGGGCGGUUCUUCCGCGACCGGCGCGACGUGCUGUCCUCGGCCAUCAACCGCCGCAUCUCGUCGCUCAAGGAGACGUCGGCCCCGGCGCCGGGGGACGCGUGCUACGGCGUGCAGGAGAUCCACCUGCCCAACGUGAAGGUCACCGUCCGCCUCAAGGAGGCCAUCGCCGCCGACGCGGAGGAGGACGACGGCUACGGCCACUCCUUCUCGGGCAGCCACAUCAAGGGGCGGGUCAGCUUCUUCUCCCGCUCCGGCUGCCGCGACUGCGACGCCGUGCGUGCCUUCUUCCGCCAGUCCGGCCUGCCCUACGUGGAGAUCAACCUGGACGUGUUCCCGGAGCGCGAGGCCGACCUCGCGUCCCGGGCCGGCGCCGCCGCGCGCGUUCCCCAGAUCUUCCUCAACGAGAAGCUCCUGGGCGGGCUCGUCGUGCUCAACUCCCUGCGCAACAGCGGCGAGUUCGAGCGGCGCGUGCGCGAGGUCGCCGGGAGGCGGUGCCCCGACGCGGCGCCUCGGGUGCCCGUGUACGGGUUCGACGCCGACGCCGGCAAGGAGGGGGAGGAGGAGGAGAGGGAGGACGCCAUGGUGGGCAUCGUGAGGGUGCUCCGGCACCGGCUGCCCAUACAGGACCGGUUCGUGAGGGUGAAGCUCGUGAAGAACUGCUUCUCCGGCGCCGACAUGGUCGACGGCAUCGUGAACCACUUGGAGUGCAGCAGGAACAAGGCUGUGGAGAUCGGCAAAGAACUCGCGAGAAAGCACUUCAUCCACCAUGUCUUCAGGGAGAACGACUUCGAGGAUGGCACCCAGAGCCUGUACCGCUUCCUGGAGCACGACCCGGCCGUCCCCAGGUACUACAACUUCAGGGGCUCCACCAACGACGGCGAGCCCAAGCCCGCCGCCGCCGUCGGCCAGAGGAUGACCAAGAUCAUGGUCGCCAUACUCGAGGCCUACGCCUCCGAGGACCGCCGCCGCCUCGACUACGCCCGCGUCGCCGCCAGCGAGGAGUUCCGGAGGUACGCCAACCUGGCGCGGGACCUCCAGCGGGCGGACGUCUUCGCCCUGCCCGCCGGGGAGCGCCUCUCCUUCUUCCUCAACCUGCACAACGCCAUGGCCAUCCACGCCGUCAUCAGGACCGGCCAGCCGGCGGGCUCGGGGGCCGUCGACCGCCGCUCCUUCUUCACCGACUUCCAGUACGUCGUCGGCGGGUACCCCUACUCCCUCACGACCAUCAAGAACGGCAUCCUCCGCGGCAACCGCAGGCAGCCCUACACCAUCGUCAAGCCGUUCGGCGCCUCCGAUAAGAGGCUCGAGCUGGCGGAGACGAAGGUGAACCCGCUGGUGCACUUCGCGCUGUGCAACGCGACGCGGUCGAGCCCCACCGUGCGGUUCUACUCCGCGCAGGGCGUGGAGCCGGAGCUCCGGCACGCGGCCAGGGAGUUCCUCCUCGACGGCGGCGUGGAGAUCGACCUCGAGACCCGGACCGUCCACCUCACCAGGAUCAUCAAAUGGUACAGCGCCGACUUCGGGCAGGACAGGGACAUCCUCAGGUGGAUCCUCAACUACCUGGACCCGACCAAAGCCGGGCUCCUGACGCAUCUCCUCAACGACGGCGGACCCAUCAGCAUCGCCUACCAGGACUACGACUGGUCCUUGAACGCCUGAACCGAAUUCUGUUUCUGUCUCAACUCUGCGCAUACGGCGAUGGUGGGCUUUUCUCUUUGGAUAUUGGCAAAUGGUCGAUGGAAGAGAUCAACCACGCGUGGAGCUUAUUACCAGCGAUUAUACUACUCCCUCCGUCCCAUAAUAUAAGAGCGUUUUUGACACUAGUAGUGUCAAAAACGCUCUUAUAUUAUGGGACAGAGGGAGUACUUAGCAAGACGGAAGACUGCAGGUGUACAUAUAUAUAGUACGAUUCUGUAAGCCUCUUGGGUGGUUUCCUGCCUGCAGGGACAAGUUGUCUUGGCCUCUUGGGGAGGGCAAUGCACUGUGUUGAUGACAUCGCGUUUUCGCAGCGAAGAUGCUAGAUACACUAAGUGUUAGAAGGGAGAGAGAGGGAGAUUGGUGGAAUCGUUUUUAUGUAUUGCUUGAGCCUCGUGGGCAUAUAUAUAGGAGUACAAUGACCAACUUGGAGUACAA